GUGUGUAAAUUAAUCGAUCAGUCCGACUCCGAGUGUUAUUUCUUGCUGGUACUUAAUUAUUGUUCUAUUUUGUGAAAUUUUCUUCAGAAUUCAUGACCAAAAUGUCUUUUAUCAAAUACGAUCAAUCCUGUGACUUCCCGAUUCAGAAUCUUCCUUAUGGAGUCUUCUCAACUGCCGAAAACCCACAACAUCGAAUUGGUGUUGCCAUCGGGGAUCAGGUGUUGGAUCUAUCCGUUGUUAAAGAGCUCUUCAAUGGACCUCAUCUGUCUGAAUGCAGAGAUGUCUUUGACAAGCCUGUCCUGAAUGACCUGAUGGGUCUCGGCCCACCUGUCUGGAAGGAAGCUCGUCAGACCUUGCAGAAGAUUCUGUCUGCUGAUGAUCCUACUCUUAGAGACAAUGCUGAGCUUAGAGGAAGAGCCUUUGUGCCUCAGAGUCAAGCCGUCAUGCACCUCCCAGCCAAUAUCGGAGACUAUACUGACUUCUACUCGUCCAUUCAUCACGCCACGAACGUCGGCACUAUGUUCAGGGGAAAGGAGAAUGCAAUCAUGCAAAACUGGAAGCAUCUUCCAGUUGGUUACCAUGGUCGCGCAUCAUCUAUUGUCGUAUCGGGCACACCAAUCAGACGUCCCUGUGGUCAGACACGCUCCGAUGAAAGCAAACCUCCAACAUUUGGCCCAUGUAGACUGAUGGACUUUGAAUUGGAAAUGGCUUUCUUUGUUGGACCCGGUAACAACAUGGGAGAACCUAUACCAGUCACUAAAGCCCAGGAUCACAUCUUCGGAAUGACUCUCAUGAAUGACUGGAGUGCUCGUGACAUCCAGAAGUGGGAAUACAUUCCUCUUGGACCCUUCCUGGGCAAGAAUCUAGGAACCACCAUAGCACCCUGGGUCGUCACCAUGGAGGCUCUUGCGUCAUUCGCCGUCCCAAGUAUCAGCCAAGACCCCAAGCCUCUUCCAUAUCUACAACACGAAGACAACUUCAACUUUGACAUCAACCUUGCAGCUGCCAUCUCUGCCGAUGGAACCAAUGGACCUGCGACAAUAAGCAAAACAAACUUCAAGUACAUGUACUGGUCCAUGAAGCAGCAGUUAGCCCAUCAUUCUAUCACAGGGUGCAACAUGAGGCCAGGGGACCUUCUUGCGUCAGGAACCAUCAGUGGACCAACCGAUGAUUCUCUUGGCUCGAUGCUGGAGCUCUGCUGGAAGGGUACCAGGGAAGUGUCGCUAGGUAACGGAAUAACACGCAAAUUCCUGAAAGAUGAAGAUGAAGUUAUACUCACUGGUUAUUGUCAAGGUGAUGGUUAUCGGGUUGGCUUCGGAACCUGCACAGGAAAAGUUCUCCCUGCCAUCAAUUCUAUGCAGUGAGUCGUUGAGAGAGGUCCUGAAAAACGUGCCAAUAGAGUUGUGCUAUCCUAAAACAGAGAAGUAGUGUGGGGGCACCUGGUGUUUGAACAGCAUUUUUGAAAUAGAUAUUAGGAGGCGUUUAUUUAGUAUCAUUUGUUUUUUUUACUACAGUUAAGGGGUAACUGGGACAGCUUUCUGAAAUCGUGAAUGCCUAAAAUUGCGGGUAUUCUUGGUUUUGUUCUGUUUACAAAGGCCUCGUAUUGAAAUCUAGGGUCGGAUUUAAGCGACUAGUGUCGUAGUCAUGGCUAUUGAUUGCUUAGUACAGUUAAUCGGGCGGCCAUGACUAUCAGAAAAAUAGUCACAACUACCUGGUUGGUGAACCAAUUGUGUGGCUCAUGACUAUUUACAACAACAUAAUUUACUUUCCAAACACAUGAAAUAUCAGUGACACAAUCCUUCUAUCCUUUUAGCGUGAAAUUUACUGUUGCACCUGUGGCACAGCAAACAUUAUGCAGCAAUGCAUCCUGAGAAUUAAAAAAUUAGUCAUGACUAUUGUUAAAGUCGCUUCUAUUUGAGGCACGACUAGUCGAGUAGUCAUUACACUAGUCGCCCUGCAGCCGAUUUCGAGAUUAAUCCAAUCUCGAGUUAGGACGAGGUAACCCGUCCUAACUUGAGAUGGGUUUAAUUGCUGAAAUCGACAACGGCCUUGCACAGGUUUCUGAAAUCCUGAAUGCCUUAAACUUUACCUGUAUUCUUUGUUCGUUCUGUUUACAGAGACCGUGUAUUGAAAUCUAGGGUCAGAUUUAUCCAUUGAUUUUUAUUUUAAAAUGAUCUGGUUUGUGGUAACAUCAUGUGUAUCUACUUUGCUGUGUGGAUUUGUUCUUAGAGAACUUAUCUUGCUAGUUACAUUAUUCUCCUGAUGCGGAGUCAAUUUUUCAGAGUCCUUCUCUGACUACUCAGUUCUGAAAAGACUUGUUCUCUAACAAAAAAUGUACAUACCUAUUAAGGUAGAUACUCGUGGCGUUACAUCAAACUGAGGAUACAUUGUACUGGUUUGUUAUGUGUUUUACUCAACACUUUCUCCUGAUGGCUUGUUGCAAUAUUUUUUAUUAUUACCAGGGCCCAAUUUCACAGAGCUGCUUAAGCAGAAAAGGUUACUAAGCGCAACAAAA